AUGCGGGCAAGAACCGCUGUGGCGGACCCGUGCAUCAGGAGGGCAACGAGGAACGGCUUACCCGCCGAAAGGGAAGCCAUCAUGCCGGGCGGGCCCCGCGCGGGCGACGCGCGAUUCGUCUGGGAGCCGAGCGAUGAAAUUUCUCUGUCCUUCAAGACGGUUCGAGCCCGGCCUCGUACCGAGGGCGCUUCACCGGCGAUGGAGACGCUCCUGAGCGUGCCGGAGGACGAGCUCGAGGAGCUGCUCACGGUCGCGCUCACUCGGUGCGACGAAAUCCUGUCGCGCAGUUCCAAGACGGGCGGCAAGGCCUUCCUCCUCACGCGCAUCGACUCGGAAAGCACGGCCCGCAGCAGCGACAUCGAGGCCACGACGACGCUCGUGCCGCUGGCCGACGUCGCCACGCGCUGCGCCGUCUGGAACGAAUUCUGCCGUUCGAUCAGCACCCCCGAGACACAGUACCACGCGCAGGCCUCCGCGGUGGACGCCGACGGCCGCCCGUUCGGAUGGCAGGGCGCCGAGGUCACGGCGGCGGUGCAGCUCGGCGGCCGCGCGGUCGGGCCGGUGAACAUCACGCCGGUGAUCCGCGAGGCUGACGGGCCCACGAUCGGCAACGUGUUUGGGUACAAACGCGCGCGGAAAGCCUUCCGUGACGCGAGGAAGGACGCCAGCGGGUUCGCGCUCAUGGACACGGUCGACGUCGGCGACGCGGGCCGCCGGCGCCCCGUCCAAGUGUACGGCGCGUGGUCAGAGGCCGAGCCAGGAGUCGUGCUGCUCGAUCACGACCAGGGCCUCGCGGGGGACUUCGACCUCACCAGGAACGGCUGGAGGUCGGCUGUGGCGGGCGGGAGCGCGGCGCGAGCGGCGCGGGAGACCGUCCGGGCCCUGCGAAGCACGGGUUUCCUGCAGGAGCUGUGUGCGUGCGCGCUUGUGCCGCCGGCGCCGUACGGCGUCGCGGCGGAGCUGAGGGGCGGUGAGCAGGACUGGGACGCGGCGGGGAGGUUCCCUGCGGUGACGCUGAAUAUCCUGCAGGGCGACGUGAUCCCGUGGCCGCGGGUGUACCUGGCGCUGUCGGAUGGGAUGCGGUGGCGGCCGACGCAGAGGAGGGGCCGGCGGGUGCGGCUGGCGGCGGAGAUCUCGGACAGCGAGGCGUUCUGCCGGCAGUUCCCCGCGAAUCUGAGCUGGGCCCGCUGCUUGCGGACGCUCCAGAGGGUGCGCGUCGCGUACCAGUGCGGGGGCCUCUCGCUGGAGAUGUGCGACACGCUGCUUGACCAGAUGCUCCGGGACCUGCUGCGCAAGUACGCGAGGCGCAUGGGCUCGCCGGACGGGCUGUACGCGGCGGAGGACGAGGCCGAGCACAAGCUGGAUGCGUUUAGGUGCAUGGGCGGGCACAGCACGGACUCCUCGGACGACGAGGAGAUCGUCGCGGGCUACGGCGACGAGGGGAGCCCUCGCGACGCGUCCGGCGGCCCGGGCGGGCUCCCGAGCGCCCCAGGUGACGGAGCGGUGCACGUCACGAGCGGCCCGCCGACCGUGAUCGAGGUGCCGGUGGCGGGCCCCUGCGCGGGCGUGAGCUGA